AGAAGUGAAUCAUUAGCUAAACCAUGCGUAUCUUCAAAUACAUUACUCCUUAAGAAACUUGAGAUCAAUUUUUGCUGCUAGGCCUGCAGCCUCAAUAAUUAAAGAGACCACUAUGACCAAUAUAUACAACCAAGCUUUUUUAUUUUUCUUCAGCAAUCCUUCUGCAAGAGAAAUUGGAAAUUCAAAGACAUGGACUAUCCACUAAUCAUUCAUGGUUAUCAGCUUCUUGCAGCUUUUCUUUUUCUGCUAUUUAACUUACUUGAAUCUUCCUCGCUAAUUCAAGGAAAAAGCUUUCCCUACAUUACAUCAGAUGUCAAUGAGGUGUCAGGCAAGUCAUAUGAUUACAUUGUCAUUGGGGGAGGCACUGCUGGGUGCCCCCUGGCAGCAACCCUUUCAGAGAGAUUCUCUGUGCUAUUGAUCGAACGAGGAGGCUCCCCUUAUGGGAAUCCAUUGAUAUUGAAUAAGAUGUACUAUGGUUACUCACUGCUUCAAACAGAUGAGUUUUCAUCGGUGGCUCAAAGCUUUAUUUCUGAGGAUGGAGUUAGGAACCAUAGAGGACGAGUGCUUGGAGGAUCCUCGGCCAUAAAUGGUGGCUUCUACAGCAGAGCUAGUAAUGAUUUUGUUACAAGAGUUGGAUGGGAUAAAGAGCUGGUGAAGGAGGCUUAUGAAUGGGUGGAGUCCAAAAUUGUUUCCAAGCCAGAAUUAACUAUGUGGCAAUCUGUUAUUGAAUUUGGUCUCCUUGAAGCAGGAUUUCUUCCUUAUAAUGGAUUCACUUGGGAACAUCUUGAAGGUACGAAGAUUGGCGGAACUAUAUUCGAUGAAUUUGGAAUUAGGCACACCUCAGCUGAUCUUUUAGGGGCAGGGAAUCCUGAAAAUAUUACAGUUCUUUUGACUGCUACAGUGAAGAACAUCAUAUUCCAUAACAAUGGUACAGGGAAUGAGAGAAGAGCUGUUGGCAUUAGAUUCAUCAAGAGCAAUGGCAGCACAGAUCAAACUUACAAAGCAUACCUCAAUAGACCGCACAAUUCCAGUUCAAGUUCAUGGGGAGACGUUAUUUUGUCAGCAGGAACAUUAGGCAGUCCACAAAUCCUAAUGUUAAGUGGUAUAGGACCAGAAGAACAUCUGAAGAAUUUCAAUAUACCACUUGUGCUAGACUUGAAAGGCGUUGGCGGAGAAAUGCAAGACAACCCUGCCCUCGGCCUUUUAGCAGACAUGGAAGCAGAAUUCCGGCUGCCAGAUACGCCUCAAGUUGCAGGCAUAGCAAAAGACUUCAAAUUCAUAGUACAAGCAGGAGUCUUACCAAUAAGUUUCAAUGCAACAAGAAUGCCAGUGGCAAUAAAACUAGCAUUUCCAGAAUCAAAAGGAAAGCUAAUAUUACACAGCACAGACCCAAGGCAAAACCCUUUAGUGCAAUUCAAUUAUCUAGCAAAAGAAAAAGACAUGGAAGGAUGCAGAGAAAUGGCUCAAGUAAUUCAAAAGGUAGUAAGGUCUGAUUCGGUUGCAGUAUUCAUGAGGACUAAACCCCAAAAUAAGCUAAUAUCCAGUCCAAAUGACCUGAAAGAUUUCUGCAAGAAAAAUGUUGGGACUUAUUAUCACUACCAUGGUGGUUGCACAGUUGGAUCAGUUGUUGACAAGGAUUACAAAGUCUAUGGAUUAAAGGGUUUGAGAGUAAUAGAUGGCUCAACUUUAUUAGAAUCUCCAGGCACAAAUCCAAUGGCUACCCUGUUAAUGCUUGGAAGGUAUCAAGGAAUCAAGAUUCUAACAGAAAGGGAGAGCACUUCUUCAUUUACUUAGUCAAGAGUACCCAUAGCAGCUCCUUAUAUUAUAGCUUACUUAGACAAGCAUAUCAGCAUUUCAAGAAUGUUAAAAUAUUUGUUCUUGGCAAACACAGUUGUUGGAAUCAAUUUAAUAUAUCUAAUCUAAGCCUACUUUCCAUUUUAUA